AAAAACCAUACACCCUUCCUUCCCCCAUUACAAAAUUUUCGACGAAAACCAUCCUCAAGUUCUUUCAGAUCUCUUUUCUCAUCCCACUUUCCUUUACUUCCUCCGGCCUUCCCAUUGCCUUUCUUCUUCUUCUUCCAUUUCUUGGAAUUCGUCAUCUUCUUUUGGCGGGAACCUUGGCUUUUGGUAAUGGUGGCCCCAUAACUCCCAAUUUUCAUUGGCCAAUCCGAUUUAUGAUUGAUUGAUUCUUGCUGUUUUUGUUUUCUAUUGCCGUUUGUUUGAAUUUUGGAUUGCGACCCGUUUCGGGCGGGAGUUUUCUGCGAACCUUUGAUUUAAUCCCACAUAAACCUAUUGUUUCUGGUGUUUUGCGAAGAGAGAAAGAAGGACAAAUGACGAUUUCGGAGAAUACCAAGGGUUUGAUUCUAGCUAUGGCCUCCAGUGCGUUUAUUGGGUCGAGUUUUAUCUUGAAGAAGAAAGGACUUAAGCGUGCCGGAGCUACAGGGGCCAGAGCAGGCUGUUAGGAGGACAGGGGAGUUUCUUUCUGGUAAAUUUAUGUCAGAACUUUUGGGUGGGGAAGUUGGAGCUUUUAUAAACGGAGGGAAGCUUUAGCUUUAAGGGUUGGGAUUGGACUCUCCAUAGAUCAUGGAUUCAGAACAUCACGAGACACCUUUUGGAUGUCAGAUGGAAGCUUUAAGGGGUGUUGGCGGUUAUACAUACCUGUUAGAGCCACUUUGGUGGGCAGGCAUGAUCACAAUGAUUAUUGGCGAGAUUGCAAACUUUGUAGCAUAUAUUUAUGCCCCAGCAGUUUUAGUCACACCCCUUGGUGCACUGAGCAUUAUUGUCAGUGCUGUUUUAGCCCACUUCUUAUUGAAGGAGAGGCUACAGAAAAUGGGUGUUGUAGGGUGUUUAUCUUGUAUUGUAGGAUCAGUUAUAAUAGUUAUUCAUGCACCUCAGGAACAUACUCCUGAUUCUGUUGAAGAGAUUUGGGAUUUAGCAACUCAACCAGCUUUUCUAGUCUACAUUGCUGCUAUAGCUUCGUUAGUGUUGGCUCUUAUGCUGUAUUUUGAACCUCGUUAUGGGCAUGUAAACAUACUGGUCUACUUGGGAAUCUGUUCUCUAAUGGGUUCAUUGACGGUCAUGAGUAUUAAAGCUAUUGGAAUAGCGAUUAGGCUUACGCUUGAAGGGAUAAGCCAAGUAGCUUACCCUCAAACUUGGCUUUUUGUCACAGUUGCAGUAGUCUGUGUCAUCACACAACUAAAUUAUUUGAAUAAGGCAUUGGAUACAUUCAAUGCAGCCCUUGUAUCUCCAGUAUAUUAUGCCAUGUUCACAACAUUGACUAUUAUUGCUAGUGCUAUCAUGUUUAAGGACUGGUCAGGCCAGAAUGCGAGCACCAUAGUAUCUGAAUUGUGUGGAUUCAUUACCGUCCUUUCCGGAACUAUUAUUCUUCACUCAACCAGAGAACAACAACCAGUCUCCUCACAAGGAUCUGUGGCAUGGUAUAUUAGUGGUGAUUCAAUGAAAAGUAUUGAAGAACAUUUGAUCACCAUAAGCAAUUCACAUUACACGGAAGAAUGAACCUACUCGAUUCUGAUUAUAAUUUGGAAGCCAGUGGUCUUGAAUGCAAAACUUUAAAAUAUACUCAUACCGGAAGGAUGAGUACAAUGUCCGAUUUUAAAAUCGGGACGAUGAAUUGGGAUAUCGACCAUGAUCUUGUCACGAUUCGGACGGUUCUGUCCCCUUACUGCUGGGAAACGUUUAGCAAUGAAACCCGAGCUGCUUGAUCUGGUAAGGAUCUUUAUAGUUAGAAUGGCUUGUUGGGGGGGGGGGGGGGGGGGGGGGGGGUAUUCUCAAUGAUCCAUGCUGGUUACAACAUCAAUAGUAUUAUAGCCUGUGCCAUAUGUACAUUAUGAGGUUAUAACAUUCAUUCAUUUGAGAUCUCUAAAUGUAUCUUUUUAUAAAAAAGUAUUUAGUCAUUUCGCCUUUUCA